CGCUCUCUCUCUCCUCCACAGCGUUCGCUUCCUACGCCUUCCCUCUUCGCCGCUCCCGACGCUCUACCUCCUCCGAGGGGCGCGGGUUCGGAGGCGAGCGGGAUGGCGACGCGCCUCCUCCUCCGCCGCCUGGGGCCGCUCGCCGGCGAGGCGCUGCAUGCGCGAGGCAUGUAUGCUACACAAUAUGGUGCCACAAACCAUGUCUUUAGCAGAUUCUAUUGGAUUCAAGGUCAGCAGCACCCCUUGUAUGGAUCGAAAACUAAUGUGGAAACGUAUGACACACAACAGAGUGCACAGAUGAAUUUUGAAAUUCAGAAGCGUUCAUUCAGUUCUGCAGCAGCACACAUUCAGAGGAAUCCAGCCUAUUCAGUGUUGAAUUCUGAUGAUGUUUCCUACUUUAAGAGUAUCUUGGGUGAUAGCAGUGUAGUUCAGGAUCAAGACAGAGUAGCAGUUGCAAAUGUGGACUGGAUGGGUAAAUACAAGGGUGCAAGUCAGCUAUUGCUCUUACCAAAAAGUACUGAUGAGGUUUCUAAGAUUCUUUCUUAUUGCAACUCCAGACGACUGGCUGUGGUCCCGCAGGGUGGGAACACAGGUCUUGUAGGUGGCAGUGUGCCUGUUUAUGAUGAGGUUAUCAUCAGCCUUGUUGGUAUGAACAAAAUAGUAAACUUUGACAAUGUGAACGGUAUUCUUACUUGUGAAGCUGGUUGUGUGUUGGAGAAUUUAAGCUCCUUUGUGGAAAACAAAGGGUUUAUUAUGCCACUUGACCUGGGAGCAAAAGGUAGUUGUCAUAUAGGUGGAAACAUUUCAACUAAUGCUGGUGGUCUACGCUUCAUACGUUACGGUUCACUUCAUGGAAGUGUACUUGGCCUUGAAGUUGUCCUGGCCAAUGGAACUGUUCUCGAUAUGCUUACUACUUUAAGGAAAGACAACACUGGCUAUGAUCUGAAGCACUUAUUUAUUGGAAGUGAAGGUUCACUAGGAGUUGUCACCAAAGUUGCAAUACUUACUCCUGCAAAGCUACCAUCAUCUAAUGUUGCGUUUCUUUCCUGCAAUGACUACAUAAGCUGCCAGAAAUUACUACUCGCAGCUAGGAGGAGCUUGGGUGAGAUUCUCUCCGCAUUUGAGUUCAUGGAUCGUCAUUGUAUUGAUCUGGCUAUGAAAUAUUUGGAAGGAGUUCACAAUCCUCUACCUGUAUCACCGUACAAUUUUUAUGUUCUAAUCGAGACAACUGGAAGUGAUGAGUCAUAUGAUAAAGCAAAACUUGAAGCUUUUUUGUUGCGUUCAUUGGAAGAUGGCCUGGUAGCUGAUGGAGUUAUAGCACAAGAUAUUAGCCAAGCGUCUAACUUUUGGAGAAUACGUGAGGGUAUAUCAGAAGCAUCCGUCAAAGUUGGAGCUGUCUACAAGUAUGACUUGUCCAUACCAGUAGAGAAGCUCUAUGAUAUUGUCGAGGAAAUGCGCAGUCGUGUUGGUGAUAUGGGGGAAGUAUUGGGCUAUGGACACCUCGGUGAUGGGAACCUACAUUUGAACAUCUUAUCAGCAAAGUACAGCGAUAGGAUGCUGGAACGAAUUGAACCAUUUGUCUACGAGUGGACCUCCAAACAGAGAGGGAGCAUUAGUGCAGAGCAUGGAUUGGGUCUAAUGAAAGCCGAGAAGAUUCACUACAGCAAGUCACCUGAGGCAGUGCAAUUGAUGGCUUCCAUCAAGAAGUUGCUGGACCCAAAUUCAAUCCUGAACCCCUACAAGGUUCUACCACAGUCCGUGCUGUAGCUGGAAACGUUGAUAUGCCAGGUUAGGAGCGACGGUAGCAGAUCGAGCUAGCGUGCUGUCUAGCCGAAGACAAAUCAGUAAAAUACAUCUUGGAGAGGAUAAGAUUGUGAUGGCAAAUACCAGCUGGGAUAGUCUCUAUGGACAUGGAGAUCAUGAGAGGGAUCGGCCAUCUUAUGAUUUACAAUACUAGAACAGAUGAACAAUACUGGAUUGCAGAUGCAACAGUUUCGGAUGUGCUGUAACAGUUUUGGAUAUGCUGUUUUUCAGAUGUACACUUCCAUC